CUGAGGAGGGAGAAAGUUUUGUGUUUAUAUUGUUUAUGAAAUUUUUAAUGUGAAGAGCGUGCGAAUAAUCAGAGUAGAAGAGUUAAAGUUUAGAAUUUUAUUAGUUAAGAGAAAAUGUUUGUUUCCCGCAGCAUUCCAGCUGAUCAUAAAGAUCUGAUACAUGAUGUUGCUUACGAUUUUUAUGGAGAAAGACUAGCUACCUGUUCCAGUGAUCAGACGGUUAAGAUUUUUGACAAGGGAGAAGAUAAACAAUGGCACUGUACGGCCUCAUGGAAAACCCAUUGUGGUUCUGUGUGGAAAGUAACGUGGGCCCAUCCAGAAUUUGGACAAGUUAUAGCUACCUGCUCCUUUGAUAGAACUGUUGCUGUAUGGGAAGAACUUGGGCCUGAAGGAUCUAUUGGAGAAAAAUCUCAAUCUCAAUGGGUCAAGAAAAUUAGCUUGGUAGAUAGCAGAACAUUAGUUACAGAUGUAAAAUUUGCUCCGAAACAUCUUGGUCUGCAAUUGGCUACUUGUUCUGCUGAUGGUGUAGUUCGUAUUUAUGAGGCUCCUGAUGUAAUGAAUUUGAGCCAGUGGUCCUUACAUCAUGAAAUUCCUUGCAAACAUCCAUGCAGCUGUAUAUCAUGGAAUCAAAGCAGAAUGCAUCCUCCUAUGAUUGCAGUUGGAAGUGAUGAAUCUUCUCAGCCAUCUAGUGAUAAAGUGAUUCUUUGUGAAUAUAAUGAAAAUACUAGACGAUGGCCUAAAAUUGAAACUUUACCUGUCACAGAUGCUGUUUAUGAUAUAGCUUUUGCACCAAAUUUAGGACGUUCUUAUAAUUUACUUGCUGUUGCUACAAAGAAUCUACAAAUAUUUAUUUUGAGACCUCUGCAUGAUCAGAACAUUAAUGGUGUGCAAGAAACUUUACCAAAAUAUGAAAUUAGGCAGGCAGGUCAAUUUGAUAAUCAUAAUUCUCAGGUUUGGCGAGUUAGCUGGAAUAUAACUGGGACAAUUUUGGCUUCAUCAGGUGAUGAUGGUUGUGUUAGGCUGUGGAAGGCCUCUUGCAAUGAGAAAUGGAAGUGCAUAGCUACUUUGAAAGGUGAUGGUACUACUGAACCUAUUGAAAAACCUUUGGGCAAUGCAGAAGAGCCUUCAUCUAAAAUGGAUACAAAUGCUAGUAUUCCAACUACUAAAUACUAUAAAUUAGGGCAAGUGAGCCAUUUGAAACAAGAGGCAUGGCAUUGACAACUGUAUUUUUGUAAUUCAAAUUCAUCUCAUUGCCUUGAUGCAUAUUUGUAAUCAUUCUACUUUUGUAUGUAACAUUUCUUUGUUGAGAAACAUUUAUCAGUGCGGUGUAAAUUUGAAUUUGGAAAUUAUUUAAUUAAAGUGAAUUUUUAAUCA